CAAAUUAGCAUGAAAUAAAAAAUGUAAUGAGUAAAUAUUUGUAUACUAUAGAGUUGAGUGACCAAUACGCAAUGUAGCGUUUAAUUCAUAUUGGACCAACCGAACCAAGUACCAACCAACGACUUCAGAGUUCAGCGUCAACGAAACGGCAUUCUUCCCCGUCGUUGGAGAAAGAGGCUCCCGCCGUCGUCCAAAGACCAAAAUGAAGGCAACUUCCCGGCGGAAACGAGCAGCGAACUCCCUGGAGCCCGUUGAAUCGCGCGACGAAAUCGAGUCGAAAGCCACUGCGAUUCAACGCCGGGUGAGGUCGUUGAGGGCUGUUGGAGUUUCGGCUAAAGGUAGAGGCAGAGCCAAAUGCCAUCCUGGUCGACUGCAACCGCCAAUUCAAUCGUCGUCGCCAUUCUCGCCUUCCGCGGAGCUCACCGUCUUGCCUCGGGAGUUCUUCCAAAUCGACGCCCUCGACCUGGCCCCUCGCUUGCUCGGCAAGCUCCUGCGCAGAGACGACGUCAUUCUUCGGAUUACCGAGGUAGAAGCUUACAGACCUAAUGAUUCAGCCUGCCAUGGCAGAUUUGGGAUUACUCCGAGAACUGCUCCAGUGUUUGGAGCGGGAGGGCAUGCAUAUGUUUAUCUUUGCUAUGGACUGCACACAAUGCUCAAUGUUGUUGCCGAUGAGGAAGGAGUUGGAGCUGCUGUACUUAUUCGUGCUUGUGCUCCUGUUAGUGGUUUGGACACGAUUAAGAGGCGACGAGGUCAGGAGACUGACAAACCUGUGCUCCUCACUGGUCCUGGCAAGAUUGGUCAAGCAUUGGGGAUUUCAACAGAAUGGUCUAACCACCCUCUUUAUUCUCCAGGUGGUUUGGAGAUCUUGGAUGCACCCGAGCCUGAACAAAUACUGGCUGGUCCACGCGUCGGUAUCGACUAUGCGUUACCAGAACAUGUCAAUGCAUUGUGGAGGUUUGCCAUUGCCGGCAGCCCUUGGAUAAGUGCUCCUAAAAACACCCUGAGACCGCUCUGAACUACCCCUGUAUAGCUAGCUGUAAAUGUACAUUUGUACAGGGACAUCUCUUCUCAUGUGUGUAUAUGUGCAGUAGACAGUAGAAGGUCUGUCUUACUGCAAGUCUAGAUGUCUUCCUUUUUCCAGUUGAUGGCUAAACUGUUGGUUAGGGUUCUUGCUCCCCACCACGCUUGGCGUCCACCAUCUCCUUAAGAGCACUCUCAUUUCCACUGGAGCAUAAGCCAAAGCCCUAGUGGCUAAUACUACUAUGUGAUAUUUAAGUAUAACUUGCAAGAUCAUUGUACUUUUGGGUCUUCUGCCCUUUUUACUACUAAAAAAGUUCAAAGAAAUUAUAGAGUGUCUUGAUGUGACUUGUUUAUCUUAUUUGUAA